AGAAAGAGUUAAAACCACCGAGCUGGCGCUGUCGUGCAAAUAGGGCGGGAGACAGGAUGCAGCAAGGGGUAUUUUCCUGUGCAUGAACCCGCCACUGCCCACACACCGAGGGUGGCUGUUUCCCUCUCAGGCCUGAGGCUGGAAUGCGCUUGCUACAAGGGCGCAAACCCUUUUUGGAUUCCUGCACUGGGGCUGCAUCGCUGCUGUGGGCAAAGAAAGCAUUGUAAAUCCAGAGAGUGCAUAGACAUUAUCAAGGGAAGGCUUAGCAAGAAACAAAGAACCCAGACCAGAAAGGCUGGUGGCCAAGAGAUUAUCCUGUUGGAGAAGCAUCUGAGAUAGACACCUCGCUGGAAAAAAAUCUCCUUAAUCACCAGAAGCUGAAGAGAGCCGUGUUGAGGCCAGUUUUCCUACCAAGGAGCCUGCAGACCAGGAGCCAUGGGGGAGAAGUCCCACACAUGCCCCUAUUGUGGGAAAGGCUUUCGGCGCAACUCUCACCUGACACGUCAUCUUGGCACCCACUCGGGGCUGCAGCGUCCUUUGGGUGGGAAGCGCCUUGGGCAGCAGGUGCAGGAGGAAGACCGCCCCUACACCUGCAAUUACUGUGGGAAGACCUUUGCCCGCCCUGCCCACCUGACCCGGCACCAGGAGACCCAUUCAGGAGAGAGACCAUACAAGUGCAGCUACUGUGGGAAGGCCUUUGGGCGCAACUCCCACCUGACGCGGCACCACAGCACCCACACUGGCGAGCGCCCCUAUGAGUGUGGGGUCUGUGGCAAGGCUUUCACCCGCAGUGCCCACGUCACCCGCCACCAGGGCACCCACACAGGGGAGCGGCCCUUCCGCUGCACACACUGCGGCAAGCGCUUCACCCGCAGUGCUCACCUCCAGCGCCACCAGGGCAUCCACAGCGGAGAUAAGCCCUUUUCUUGCCGUGACUGUGGGAAAGGAUUCACCCGUAAUGCCCACCUUGAGCGCCACCGUGCCACACACUUGGGUGAGAAACCCUUCAAAUGUGCCAGCUGCGGGAAAGGAUUUGGGGCAGCCUCCCACCUUGUAAGGCACCAGAAAACCCAUAAAAGACCUGUCUACAGGGACAUUGUGCAGGACAAUUAUGGGACUCUACUCUCGCUAGAUGGAGGAACCAUGAACCCCAACCCCCCACCUGGAAGUUCUGAGGCUACGCAGCCACACAAGCAGCUACCGGGACGCUCUGAAGGCUCCCUGUAUUCGGGCCAGAGUCAGGCUGGGCAACAAAGUGAGAAUGCAGCAAAAGGAUGGGCCAAGCCACCUCUUCCUCCUACAAUGCCAAAAGACAACCUCAGUAUCCCACCCAGGGUAUACAUGGGGCCCGGCCAGGGCUUGUGUAUCCAGUGUGGGGAGAGCCUCUCCCAGGCUCAGCAGAACCUCUCCCGGACUCAGCCCAGCCUCUCCCAGGUCCAGCAGACCCUUAACCAGGCUCAGCAGAGCCUUGCCCAGCUCCAGAGAGCUCCCCACUCUGCUGAUAAGCUCUAUCCAUGCUCUGAUUGCGGGAAAAGCUUUGGAGUGAGCUCCCACCUCACUAUUCACAGGAGAAUCCACACAGGGGAGAAACCUUAUGAGUGUAAUGACUGCGGGAAAAGGUUCAGUCAGAGCUCAACCCUUGUCCUCCACCGCCGCAUCCACACUGGAGAGAAACCCUACAAAUGCACAGAUUGUGGGAAGAGCUUUUCUGUGAGCUCCCACCUGACCAAACACCAGAGAAUCCACACGGGAGAGAAACCUUAUGAAUGCCAAGCAUGUGGGAAAAGAUUCAGCCAGAGUUCCACCCUCAUCUUGCACCAGAGAACCCACACGGGGGAGAGGCCUUAUAAAUGUGACGAGUGUGGGAAAACCUUCAGUGUCGGCUCCCACCUCACCAUCCACCAGAGAAUCCACACAGGGGAGAAGCCAUAUCGCUGUAUGGAAUGUGGGAAGAGUUUCCGGCAGAGCUCGCACUUGAUGCGCCACCUGGGGACACACUCCGGGGAAAAGCCUUACCGCUGUGCGGACUGCCCCAAGGCCUUCACGCAGUUGUCGAACCUGCGGCAGCACCAGCGGAUGCAUACCGGGGAGCGUCCCUACACCUGCGACUGCUGCGGCAAGCGCUUCUCCUGGAGCUCGAACCUGGCCCAGCACCGGCGGCUCCACACCGGCCAGAAGCCUUACGCUUGUGUCCAGUGCGGCAAGCGGUUUUGUGAAAGUGCCCGGCUCCUGGAACAUCAGCGCACCCACACAGGCGAACGGCCCUACGCCUGCCCGCAAUGUCGCAAACGCUUCAGCCGCAGCUCCCACCUCGCCCGCCACCAGCGCCUUCACGCGGCUGCCGUGGAGGUGGAGGAAGACCGGCGGCCUUAUCCUUGCAGUCAGGGUCCUGCCCUCCUGCUGCACUAGACUCUCUGGUCUAGUGUAACGAGACUCUAUGGCAGGCGUGGGCAGACUUGGCCCUCCACCAGCUGCUGUUGAACUACAACUCCCAUAAUUCCCAGCCACAAUUUAUUGUGGCUGGGAAUGAUGGGAGUUGUAGUUCAGCAACAGCGGGAGGGCCAGGAUUGCCCACCCCUGCUCUAUGGUCUAUUGUAACUAGAGUCUGUGGUCUGCUGGUGCUGGUACACCUUGGCUGAACUGAUGGCUCUACAGGAUUUUGCCUGUUCCUUGGAUCUCUCGAUUCUGUGAGCAUCCUGGUGAUGGUCUCAAAGUUUUCUGCUGAACUACAUAGGCUGCAAUGUGAGCUUCGAUCACACGAUACCUCAGAGCAUCUACCGCGGGGCUACUCAACUCUGGCCCUUCUGCAGAUGUUGGCUUACAACUCUCGUAAUCCCUGGCUAUUAGCCACUGUGGCUAGGGAUUAUGGGAGUUGUAGUCCAAAAAACAACAACGGCUAGGGUGGGGGCCAAAGUUGAGCAGGCUUGAUCUACAGCAUGGAGCACUUGUGGUUGUGCAGGAUACACCAUAACAAUCUCUGUGGCCAUACUAUGUGUGAGAAAGAUUUCCCUGUGCGUUGUGCCAAUACACACUGUGCUGAGAGUAUACCAAACGUACAGGCAGACUACGGCAAUUGCUACACAUCAGAUAAUGUGCAGCGGGAGAAAUGAAUCCCACAUGAGCCAGUGCUACAGAAUGAGCUCAGGGCCAGGUCGGUCUCACUACAGAAGCGAACUAGGCAACUGCCUAAGGUGCCAAAAUGCAAGGGGCAGAGCUGUGGUGAGUGUCUCAUGAAGAGGGCCGUUGGCUGUUUUUUUGGAAGCGUUGCAAAGCAGCAGCGUAUUGGCUGGGUUGAUCUUUCCUGCAUUCCAGGGGACACAGUUUGGGAACCUUUUGAUAUCCCCACUAGACACACACACACACACACACACACACCCCUUGUAAAAAAAGGAUGUAAAGAAGUGAGAGACAUUAAAAAUGAAAAUAAGAAAACAAUGGACUUUUGAUAAUUUGAUGGUGCUGUUGUGAAGCAUAUAAUAACACAGAGGUGGGACUGGGGACCAGUAACAUUUUAAAUUACCUAAGGCAGCUAAAACUUGCUCUCUGUCGCCUUCCCUGGGGAUGUAUGUGGAAGCACAGCAUCUUCUGCAGCUCAGAAUCUAAAGGCCUUGUUCUCACUAAGAUGGUAAGCUUGUGUUUGGGCUGUACCACUUCAGACUAUAGGUGUGGGGCUUCAUGAUUUAAUGCUCUGCCAUACCAAAAAAUGUUCUUUGCAUAGAAAACUAGCAUGUUAGGGGAAAGGGUUCUAAUCUAGCCUUCUCUCUGACAUUUUAGGCCUAGUUUCCCCUGUGCUGGUAAAUGUGUUUGGACUGUACCACUUCAGAUUGCAAGUGGGGGUUCAGAUUAUUGAAUGUUCCACCCUCCAAUUAAAAAAAACCUAUACACUAACAAGUAAGUGCGGGUUAAAAAGUUCUAAUCUAGCUUCAGAGCUGUGGGUUUUCCAAUUUUUGUAUUGGAAAAAUUCCCAGAAAAAGUUCUGGAAAAAUUUCCCAUGCAGAAUUUCCCAUCAUUUGUUCAAUAUUUGUAUUAUUUGAUGAGGGGAUCAAUAAAGACAUGUCAUAUGCUUU